AUGACUGGUAAGUUGACUAAGUUCAGUCACGGUCAUAGAUCUCGUUCGCGUCAUUGACGUCAUUCCUGUCAAGACCUUCACCUAAAUUAUUGAAGGCCCCUAAAUUAUAAGGUCUAUUAAUUAUGUAAGAACUAAUACUGAAUGUUCGGUCAUGUGAUUAUAAAACAAUAAAACCUCUCUGUCGUGUCUCGUUUCACGUGAUUGCCGAAGCUCAGACUAUAAACCUCGACGUGUAAAAUGGUUUCUUUCUGAAAUUUAUGUCGUUACAAAUGGCUCGUGCUUUAGAGACCGACCCGAUCAAUCAACUUGAAGAAAAUCUACAAUGCACUGUAUGUCUGGAAGUACUAACAGACCCCAGAACCCUUUCUUGCUUUCAUUCAUUCUGUAAAGAUUGUUUGGAAGGCGUUGUGCAGACAUGUCGUGGCAAAGCACCUCGCGGUCGACUUAUUCGAGAGUUUCCAUGUCCAAAUUGUCGUGCGACAUUUAUACUUGAUCCCGACAAACAUGUCGCCGACAUGCCACGGAACCAUUUCAUCUGUAACAUGGUAAAAGUAGCGGCCGUACUCGAUCGUGGAAUCGGUGUUCCUUGUUCACAUAACUGUAGUCAAAGCUACUCAGUCGCUCGUUGCGUUACCUGUGAAAAAUUCCUGUGCCGAGAAUGUCUGACUGGCCACGACAAUUAUCGAGCCAACAACGGUCAUUCUGUUCUAACGAUGGAAGAGUUAUCAAAGCCAGAGAAUCGCAAGAAAAUCAACGACAAAAUGUGUUGCAAUGAACAUUCGGGCAAGAAAUUAAAAGUUUACUGCGAAACCUGCAACCAACUGAUUUGUAAGGACUGUAUGGAUUUUAAACACAUCAAGGAAGGUCAUUCAUGUUUUCUCGUCAAGGAUGUCGCGAAGAACUAUAAGAAACUUCUUGCUUCAAAUGGCAAAACAAUGGAAGACGCUUUAACUGAAGGGAAUGUAUUUCUUCAACGAUUAACGCUGACGACACAACAACUUGAUCGCGAUGCUGAAAAUGCCAAAAAUAAAAUUGCACAAAGAAAAGAAUUCGUGGCGAAGAAAGUCAUUGAAAUGUUGGAUCAAAAAGCUGAGAGUCUUUGUAAAAAAGUAGAUGAAAUUCACCAAGACAAACGAGCGAAUUUGGACAGACAGGCAGAAGAAACAAAGUUAUACGUAGAGAACAUAAAAACGUCUGUUCAACUUUCGAGAAAGUUGGUUGACCAAGGCACAGAAGAAGAAAUAAUUUCCUCUCAGAAAAUGAUGCUGGAUAACGCAAAUAAUCUCCUAACAAAACGCGAAGAGUAUUUCAAAGCACCUAUACCCGUUGCAAAAUUGAACUAUACUGCAGCCUGUGCUGGCAAGGAGCCAAUAAACGAAUAGAUCCUGAGAGGACUGGUAAACAGUUUAGGAGAGGUCAAUGAAGGGAAUAAAGGUAGAGGUAAAAAACAGCACAUUAUUUAUGGAGGGGUGAACUGGGGGACAAGAACAAAAAUGAGGAGAUUACAGGGCCUUUUUCAAGAAAAGGGCAAAGGCCCCUCGAGCCCCCAUGUUCAUGUAAAUGCUCCCUCCCCACAUAGGCGUCGAAAGAUCGAUAAGUGGGAGGACCAUAUUCAUAUAUUCGUGUUCUGCAUUAUUAAUUUCUUUUGAAAUCGAUUGUUUUUAAGGUCUGUGAACACGAGUAUAUGAAUAUGGUCCCCCCCCACUUAUCGAUCUUUCGACACCUAUGCCUCCCCAAGAGGGUUUUAUUUCAUAUUAUGCAUUCCCUCUGCGGUUCUUGCUAAGUAUAGACGAAGAGGUCCCUUUUUUUAUGCCACCCUCCCCCCCUGACGAAUUUUGAAAACAAGAUCCGGAAGAUUACUAUAGUGUUUAUAAGUCAUGGGGCAAAACGUUUCACAAAAAAAUUGAAAAGUACAAAAGUAUUAUUAAUAAAAUUUAAAAUUAUCGUGUUGCCAUGGCAAAAUGCGAGCCUCAAUUCAGUCUUGAUCAAUUACUAAUACUUCAUGAGUGACAUCUAAAUUGUUACUGUAAUUUGACUUUUAGGUGCUUAACUUGUAAUGCCCAUGCAAAACAAGAUUUAUUCUUUAUUUUAUUAUAUGUUCGACAGCCGUAGGUGAUACGAACAAGAUUGAUGAAACAGAACUAUAUGUCAAACAGCGGAACUCUCAGACAGUAAGUGUAUGGUUUAUAAUGUAUGCAAGGUAGCAAAAAUGUUCACAAUUCGACUUCACUAAUCCUUGGUUUUCUGUGCAGACUGUACUCCUGUAGUAAUAUUGUCUUAUAAGAGAUCAAUUUUACACGACCUUUUGGGAGAACAGUUUGAAAAUGAUAUGACUAAAUGAUAUACUUAACAAUUAUACCAUAUGAUCGAAAUGAGCUGAGCAUAAUUGAAUACUAUUAUUCUAUUAGUAUGGAAAGUAUAAUAUAGAGGAAACAAUAUCAUUGUUUUAUAAUAUAGACUAUAGUCUACAAAUAGCCAUUAAUUGAAACAAUUAUAAUACCUAUAUGUUUUUGUUAUACAACUCGAAGUGAAAGAAAUGGUUUUAGAACCAGUAUGUCUUACGGAAAAGCUCAGAUCUAUUGUACAGAUGUUUGGCAGUAUAGUAAGUACUUAGUGGCAGCAAAUUCAUUUGUUUUUCGUUGCAAACGUUUCUGAACAAUUUAUAUUCUCAUGCAUGAACAUGUUUUUUUUCACUGUUGUUUCGGUAUUAUAAUUAUUUUAAAAACUUGUAUUUAAACUAAUUUCUAUAUGUAACGUAUGUAGUUUUUUUUGCCUCCAUCUUGUUUUUCGUUACUCGCCGUAUAUACGGCGAGUAAUUCAACCAGUCAGAUUGCAGAAUAGCCCAUACGGUGGAUGACCGAAAAAUAUACUAAUACAUGAAAAAAUUUCUCAAUUCUGAUUGGCUAAGAACUGUUUAAUUUUUUCGAAAUACAGUACCUAAAAAUCAAAUUUUAUUGACUAUAAGAUACAGCCAUUUCUAGGUUUGUGUUAUUUGCCUCAGCCUUCGAAACUUAAUUCAACCAGUCAGAUUGCAGAAUAGCCCAUACGGUGGAUGACCGAAAAAUAUACUAAUACAUGAAAAAAUUUCUCAAUUCUGAUUGGCUAAGAACUGUUUAAUUUUUUCGAAAUACAGUACCUAAAAAUCAAAUUUUAUUGACUAUAAGAUACAGCCAUUUCUAGGUUUGUGUUAUUUGCCUCAGCCUUCGAAACUUAAUUCAACCAGUCAGAUUGCAGAAUAGCCCAUACGGUGGAUGACCGAAAAAUAUACUAAUACAUGAAAAAAUUUCUCAAUUCUGAUUGGCUAAGAACUGUUUAAUUUUUUCGAAAUACAGUACCUAAAAAUCAAAUUUUAUUGACUAUAAGAUACAGCCAUUUCUAGGUUUGUGUUAUUUGCCUCAGCCUUCGAAACUUAAUUCAACCAGUCAGAUUGCAGAAUAGCCCAUACGGUGGAUGACCGAAAAAUAUACUAAUACAUGAAAAAAUUUCUCAAUUCUGAUUGGCUAAGAACUGUUUAAUUUUUUCGAAAUACAGUACCUAAAAAUCAAAUUUUAUUGACUAUAAGAUACAGCCAUUUCUAGGUUUGUGUUAUUUGCCUCAGCCUUCGAAACUUAAUUCAACCAGUCAGAUUGCAGAAUAGCCCAUACGGUGGAUGACCGAAAAAUAUACUAAUACAUGAAAAAAUUUCUCAAUUCUGAUUGGCUAAGAACUGUUUAAUUUUUUCGAAAUACAGUACCUAAAAAUCAAAUUUUAUUGACUAUAAGAUACAGCCAUUUCUAGGUUUGUGUUAUUUGCCUCAGCCUUCGAAACAUAACACAAACCUUGGUCUUAAUAAUUCCUCAUAUCCUACUCGACCUCAUGCAAUAAUUGUUUAAUAUACGACUCGCGCUCAUGGUAUAAUUGUUAAAUAUACCAAAAUGAUAUACCUAAUAAGUUUAAACUAACUAGUUUUUCUUCUGUAGUAACAUAGUUAUAUUAAGAAAUUGCCCUUACUUGAUCUCUAGGAAGAUCAGAGCUGUGACCAAUCAAGUGUCCAACUAAGAGCAACUGAUCAAUCAGCGCGUGUCCUAACUAGACCAUCCGACCAAUCAGCGCAAAGUAAAGAACCGGACGAAUCGUUUUCUAUCAGUUCGCUGUUUAUUCGCUUCACCAUUGCAUAUCAUUAUGAAGAGUAUCAGAAGCUUGAAAAGGUUUCUCAAGAAAUCAGUUUUGAAGUUUCUGAGUCGAAGACUGAGUCGAAGAAUUUGAAAUUUUUUGCCCGCAAGAAUGUGAACAGAGAUAUAUUUUCCAAAACUGUGGAUGAGUUCAUUGACUUUUAUCAAUAUCAAAACAAAAAAAUGCACCAAGAGGUUAUGCCAAUGUUUCCAAAGAAGAGAAAUGAUAUCAUUUUGGAGGCACGUACCAAAUUUUCUGUGGUAAUCGAUUCAGCGCAAGACUCGGAUAAAAUAACGAUCUAUGGUGAGAAAGAUAACGUUCAAGGGGCAUUGGAGUUCUUAAAAAGCAAAGUUGGUGAUUUGACAACCAGUGCACCCAGUAGUUUAUCCAAAGGGGCGACAGGAGGAAGUUUUUCUAGAGGGACGACAGGUACGUUAGGGAGUAAGGUGACUCAAUUCCGAAAUGAACUCGAAAAAAUUGUUUUUUCCAUAAUUAAGGUCACUUAUCGUUACGGUCGCCUUGUCUUGCAGUCGCCUUGUGUGCGCUGGACGAGCAAACAAGUUUCAACAUGUGCUGUAGGUGUCUAGCGUGUGUUUUUAGUCCACUUUGUGCUCUUGGACAAAAUAAAAAUUAAAAUUCUACAUUCUUGGUCAGUCCCGCGAAUUGAAUGGGUCGCUCGUUCCAGGCAAGCAAGGCAAGUUUUAGUGCACUUUACGUCUGACGUAGAGUCAUGUCAUGUGGCAAAACGUAUUCACUGAAAAAUUGAGAAAUUGCCCCACAUUUCAUUCUGUCGAACAUUUUAUCACCUGACAUACCACACAUGCAUAAAUAACUGAAAGAGAAUGACAAGUUUUAAUUAGGAAGUGAAAUGCAUCACAGAUUAGCCCGGGGCGAGGGUACUAAUUCCGCCCGGUAUUUACACUAAUCUCAAAAAUAUGGCUGUUUGCCUUGCAGAAGUGGGAUAAGCAUGAUUUCAAUUUUCAAAAGAAAAUGGCAGAUGCAGCUUAGUUAUUAAAAUGAACAUUUCAAAACAUUUUACGAAGCGAUUCUGGUUAAAUUUUACAUUAAAUCAAAGCUCACAAAAUCCAGAACAACACUGCGGAAAUUCAUUGUUAUAUAGUUAAAAGCAAUAAUAUUUCAACUAUUUUUGCCGUGUUGUACAAAAGUGUUAAUUUAAAAUUAUCGUAUCGUGUUGCCAUGGCAACACUGACGUAAUGCGAGCCUGCGUUCAGCGUUGAUCAAUUACUAAUACUUCAUGUUAAAUCAAUGUUUGGAAAAUAUAGGCGAGGGCUUGCUGCAUGGAUGUUUUUCUAGUAGCUAUUUUUAAAUAUAAUCUUGAACGUUCUGUGCCAAUGUAGGUAGUGGCAAUAAGAAAGCUUCAGAUUGAUAGAGAUACAACUACCUGAAAAAUACAGGGAGAACUUCGACGUUUCGAGCGAAGGCACUUGCAAGUAGUCUAUGUCCGAAGUUAGAUUGCAGUUAAAAGCGGAGUAAUACGAGCAACAAAAUUGCUGAUUUCUACACAUGUUAAUUGAAAAUGUUUACACAUAAAUUACAAAUCACGGGACAAUGUGUGUCAACAUUUCUGCUUAACAUACGUUGAAAUCAGAUUUUGUUGCAAGUUGCAGCAAUUUUGUUGCUCGUAUUACUCCAGCUUAAGUCGCAGCAAAAAUUACUUCGUGUAUCAUGACCUUCACAUGACACACAUUUUUUAUUGUUGCAUUGAAAGAAUACAUCGUAAAAACAUUCGUCAAAACUGUAACGUAACUUCUUUUACAGAUUUUUUAUUUACAUGCUUUCUUAGUGAGAUAAUUCACUUUUCUUGAUCAUAAUUAUGCAGCGCAGAUAAAUUGACGUCACACUUUGCGUAAUGAGCCACCAAAAAGUAUAUAAAAUAUUUCUCAGUGUUUUAGUAUGCAACAAAAUCGUUUAGAAAACCUCAUGGGUAUACGUCAUUGUAUUCAAAACAACAUAUGUGCAUUUUCAAGCGGUAUAAUCCUCUAUAGUAAAAAAGAUAGCUGAUAUUGAACGAUAACUGAUUAUGCAAAUCUGCUGUGUUGGUGUAAUGUACUCAGGUGAAUAAGAUGUUAACAUCUUAUUCACCUGAGUACAUUACACCAACACAGCAGAUUUCAUGAUUAUUAGAUUACACUGAUAUCGAAGGAACUAGCCAGUUCCGAAAUAUCGCAUACUCGAACCGUCCUGACCGCGUAGCUCAGUUGGAAGAGCAUUGGGCUAGUAUUCCAAAGGUCGUAGGUUCGAAUCCCGCCGUGGCCGGGCAUAUUUUUCAAGCCUGCCCGGUGUGGAUAUACACUCAGAGUAACAUAACACAAACAUGAUUAUGCAAAGUUUAAAUAAGGUGAUACAUGAUACCUGGUGAAAUAUAUUUCAUUUAAUGCCGUAGCACUCGAUUAAAAUUAUUUCAAUCUAAGGACUGGAUCAAAAUUAAUACACUUUACUGUUUAUUGCGCUUUUACCCCAGCGGCCCCGUUUCCAUGUUUGCCUGUUUUACAUGACAUGCGCACAUGAAGGUUAUAUCCCCAUGUUUCCUGCACGAAUAUGUUCUUUUUUAUUUUGAUCAUAAUCACAAACCUAUCCUUAACCCUAUUGUGCACGAAACAUGAGAAAAUAACCCACGAAAACCGAUAGCCAUCGGAACGAGAGUGAAAAGAAAACACAAUACAAUCUAUUCAAAACUUCGGACUGGACAGCUAUUUCAAGUCCUUGCAGUUAGCUUCAUUAGCUUCAACGGCAGGGAGUGGAUUAGAACACUGAACUGCUGAGUUGAAAUCUAGAAUUUCUAUCAUUUCAGAGCAAAGCAAGAACACCGAUCAGAAAGCCGGUUCCAGGAAUGACAAAUGUUCAAUUUGUCUGUGUGACUUCACUGAUAAGAAAACCUUAUCUAAAUGUGGCCACUCUUUCUGUGCUGGCUGUAUUGAUAAAGCAUUUAAAUAUCAGAAGAAGUGUCCAGUUUGUUCACACGUUUAUGGUCUUUUGAUAGGAAAUCAACCUCCAGGAAAGAUGUAUGAGAGUUAUCAGUCAAUGCUUCUUCCUGGUUUUGGAUUGUGCGGCACAAUUGUUAUAUCUUACAGGUUUCCAAAUGGGACGCAAGGCCCAGACCAUCCUAAUCCUGGCAAACCAUACCCGGAAACAAGGCAAACUGCCUAUCUACCCAACAACCAAGAAGGGAAGAAAGUUCUUAAUCUUUUAAAGAAAGCGUUCGAACAGAAAUUGACGUUCACAAUCGGACGAUCAACAACAGCGGGAAGGGAUAAUUGUGUUGUAUGGAAUGAUAUUCCUCACAAAACUUUACAAUAUGGAGGACCUGCAAAGUACGUAUUUGUUUCCUUAAUUAAAGGGUCUAGUGGCCCACACUGGACUCUAAUCUUGGUUUUGGCCCCUACUGUAAAACGUUUGAACUAUGCAAUGACUGAUAUAAUAUUCUCUACACUUCGCCAACUUUAAGGUGUUGCCGUAGUAGGUUUUAGUUCAAAUACAUAUACUCUCUUUGGAAACAAAUAGAUUUCGAGAUUCAAAUAGUUAAACAUUCUUGAUUAUUUUACAGAUUAUUAACCAGAAGUAACCAUCUUAUUCUAAAUUUCAUUUCAGGUUUGGUUAUCCGGACCCAGACUACCUGAGGAGAGUGCAGGAAAUACUCGCUGCAAAAGGAAUUACAGAAUAA